CAUGAAAGAAAUUAGCUCAAUUGGGGCGCCAACAGCGCUCGCAGGUAUUGCUGGUGGUUCAGAGAGCACCACGGUCAGAAUGUCUUUAAAAAUGAAAUUGUGUGUCUAUCAAGUGAUAGGCCACAAAAGAAGCAGGCUCCUUAAAGUCUUGAUAAACGUGGUGGAGGAACAUACAUGAUGUACAGGAGGGGUGUUAUGAAAUUCCCAAAUUAAAGGCAUCUCGUACUACUGUUGGAUUCCGCCGUUUGCAAUGUCCAUGUUUGCACCUCGUCCAAAGGAAGUUGGCUCCAUCUCGCCUCAAU